GCUUGCCCCAUCGACACCAUUUCAUGCAAGGGUACGGACGUCAACCCCUGCUGCUCGCCGCACAAUGGUCUUCUCGUGCUCUCCAUGCAGUGGGACACGCGCUGGGGGCCCAGCAAUGCGUUCACCGUCCACGGAUUGUGGCCCGACACGUGCACGGGCAAGCAGCUUCCAGCGAACGGCUGUGACCCCUCGCGCAGCUACAACAACAUAUCAGGCAUCAUCCAGGAUGCCGACCCAAGCCUGUUUGCCGACAUGACAACGUACUGGCCAUCAAACAAGGGCAACAAUGAUUGGUUCUGGACCCAUGAAUGGGUCAAGCACGGUACCUGCGUCAGCACACUGGAUCCUAGCUGCUACGGCAGCGGCGGUAUCGACGAGUACACACCGAAGCGCGAUGUCCUGGACUAUUUCCGCAAGAUCCUUGAACUGAGAGAAACCUACGACCUGUUUAAGGCGCUGGCAGCCUCGGGGAUUGUGCCGACAGAGCCUGAGGCCGGCCGCUUGCCCAAGAAUACAUAUACGCUGAAGGAGUUCAAGAAGGCCAUCUUUGAUGCCUGGGGCGUUGAGCCCAAUGUCAGGUGCAUUGGCCGCCGUUUGCAGGAGGUGUUCUUGUGGUUCAAGGUACGCGGUCGCGACAACUACUAUCCUGUCGAUCCAUGGGGUCGUGACUCGUGCAAC